UAGUUUGGGGAAUUCUUUUUGAAGCUUAGUGAGGGAAAUGUGAGUGAAUCACCAAUCACAAACACGUCCACGUCAACACACGCGCGGGGAUUGGCGCGUGGGAGAGGCACGGUGGGUAUUCCCAAGAGAUGGAGACGCAUUCGUUCCAUUCUUUCACUCGCAAAUCGCAAUUCUUCGCCUUUCGGGUGGCUCCGCUACCUUAGCUUGCCGCUGCCGCUGACGGAAUUCAAAAACCACCUCUCUCUGCGCCUCCAAUCCGCUAAUUAACUGAAACCGAAACCCUACGUUUUUCUUCGCUUCGAGCGUGAACAUUGAUGACAACUUGUCUAGUCUGGGCGUCAAGAACAGAAAGCAAUUUGUGUAGUAUUUUUCUGGAAAACAAUGAAAGCACACCCUGCAAAGCAACUCAAUAACAUGGGGAUGUCAGGAGCACUUCCUUCCUCGUUGGCCGGCCUUCCACCGUCUCUAGAAGAUACAUACUCCAAAUUAUCUGAUUCACAGCCUACUUUUGUGGAAAAUGAGCUUACAACAAGACCUUUUACUCAUUCAAGUUCUAGUGGAGUAGUUGGGCCUAUGUUUUCUUCUUCUCCGGGAUAUUCAACCGAUCUUCAUCAUUCAUCCCUUUCACCUCAUGAUAAACAAUCUAAAAAUACUCAUUUUUUGUCACCGACAUUCGGUAACAUUGCUUCGUUGCCAUUACCUUAUUCUUCAAAUAAUGGACCAAUACCUUCGACCACACCAACCCAUUAUUCCAAAGGAAACAGUGCUUCCUGGCAUGGAGAUUCCCUGAAUAGCUUUCUUGAUUUGCCCACUAGUAACCCCAUUGACCGCAGUCAAGUAGAAAGCAGUGCCUGCAAUAUUAUGGCAUCUGAGGAUUAUUCUAAGCAAAAUAAUUGGCAGGAGUGGGCUGACCAGCUAAUCAGUGAUGAUGACACUUUGACUUCAAAUUGGAAUGAUAUUCUUGUUGACAACAUUCAAGAUCUUGAACCAAAGGUGGUGUUCCAGGUUCCAAAAUCAUCUUCACAAUUUCCAGCAGGCCAUCAACAACUACCUGCUUCAUCUGGAGAAAAUCAUGUGGGUGCCACGCCAUCUUCCUCAGCAAAUUCUGCACCUGCCAAGCCCCGGAUGCGUUGGACACCCGAGCUUCAUGAGGCCUUUGUGGAUGCUGUCAAUCAACUAGGUGGGAGUGAAAGAGCUACUCCUAAGGGCGUGCUGAAACUCAUGAAAGUUGAAGGACUAACUAUAUACCAUGUUAAAAGCCACUUACAGAAAUACAGGACAGCUAGAUAUAGACCAGAGUCAUCUGAAGGAUCUUCUGAGAAAAAACUAGGUACCAUUGAAGAGAUGCCAUCUUUAGAUUUGAAGACUGGUAUUGAAAUCACUGAAGCUCUGCGAAUGCAGAUGGAGGUUCAGAAGCGCUUGCACGAGCAGCUUGAGAUUCAAAGAAAUCUACAGUUACGUAUAGAAGAACAAGGAAGGUAUCUCCAGAUGAUGUUUGAGAAGCAAUGCAAAUCUGGUGGCAUUGAACCAUUCAAGGCAUCAUCAUCUGCCAUUGAUAGUACAUCUGGAGUGUCCUCUGAUGCCAUGAAAGAUUCACCUGCCAAAAGUGAAAUGGAAGCCACCCCAGUGGACCUUUGCAGUUCAGAGCCUCAUCAAGCUAAUGGCAAUGCCACAGCUGAGAAAAAAUCACUGGAAGUGAGUGGGAAGCAAGAUGCUCCCGAAGAUCCUAAGCAACUUGCUUCUGAAAGUGAAGAUAGUGGUCAUCCCCCAAAGCGUCCGAGGACAGAUGAGUGAGGCAAUGUGAUCUGUUGAAUCAGCAUUGAACUGAGAAAAGACGAUACUGAUUCAUUAAAGAUUCUAUUUUAAGUAAGGAAGGCUAGUCUGAUUGAUAUCUAGAGCUCCGUAACUUAACGAGAUCUUCCUGUCCUGUUUUGUUCAAUAAGGACUUGCAUGUUUACUUUUAAUUUAGCUGAAAAAUGAUAAAAAGUUUUGGUAAUCCACAUUUGAUACCUUUGUCAGUGUGAGAUUCUAGUGUACAGUUCAGAUAAGUCUUACCACCCUCCUAUAGUCCAAACAGUCCAAAUUUCUUGUACUAUCUACUAUGUACAACAGCUCCAACUUGAACUCUUUCUUUAUCUGGACGAAAUAAAAUUUUAAAGGAAAAAAAAAAAGCUAAAAGGAGGCACAAUUCUAGAUUUAACG